AUGGCUAAUGCACUUUGUGAACGAUGCAAAUCCCUCAACCUCUCUAUCGCCAAGUUCCGUAUCAAGGACAAAAACGGAGAUGAGGACGACAGGUCGCUAGAAGUUACCAGCUCGCGUUGCUAUUUCGGAACGGUGACUCAGAUCAGAGACUCGGCAGAGAACUGCAAGCUCUGUGAGCUCAUUGCUGACACUGUCCGCGAUGCAAACGUCCCGCACAUGGAUGAUGUGGCUUGCCAUCUCCUUUGGGAAAUGGAUGGCCGAAGCUCGGCCAAACCGCUAGUUGGCUACGUAGGCAACAGGACACGCAGACUUCGAGUGUGUUGGAGCGACAGUAGGCUCAAAUCCUGUGAGGCCUAUGUGAUGCUGGCAGCGCCUCCAAAGUACGACAAAUCCGAUGUCGACUAUCCCGGCCUCUUGAACGACGAAACUCAGUUUCUAGGGAGGCGCAUCGGAUCCAGUCACAACAAGAAGAAUCUUGUUCUGGAGUUUCUUCGUCUUUGUGAGACCUGUCAUGACGAGCGAUGCACAGCUAAACUAGGUAUCGAGGACCCUUUCAGAGACACCUUGAAAGAACCCUACUUUGGUGUCAUCGAUAUGGAGAAUGAGAGCCUAGUUCCGCUUCCUUACACAGAUGAUUUAGUCGAGCUUCAAUUUGCAGCAUAUGCCACAGUCAGUUAUGUCUGGGGGAAUGGGCACGGUCGACAGCAUGCCACCAGAAUCAGCAACAUCCAGAGCCGGCGCAAGUCUGGUGGUCUUUCUGCCGUCAUCAAAGAUCUUCCAAAAGCUCUUCGACAAAGCAUCGAUUUAACUCAUCAAUUAGGAAUCAGAUACAUCUGGAUCGAUGCCUUAUGCAUCGUGCAGAACAGCAGGCACUCCUGGAAUCUCAACGCAAGAGCGAUGCACUUAAUCUAUGGCAAUUCCGUCCUUACAAUAUGCGCCGCAGAUGGGAUUGACGCCAAUUCGGGUCUCUUAGCUCUCGACGACAAUCAUCAGACACGGCAAAUGGUUGUGAACUACGGCCCAGGAGUUUCUCUUAUGCUACAUCGACCGGCGGAAACAAGUAUUGAGACGACUCAGUGGAAUAAACGCGCAUGGACAUUCCAAGAACGGCUUCUAUCGAAGAGAUGUCUGAUUUUCACAAAGGGAAGAAUCUUCUUUCAAUGUCGAUCUACCGGCAUGUCUGAAGAUGUAUUCUCAGAUCGUCUAGGGAGAGGCUGGUCGCUGGAUCUGGUUCGGGCGCCCCUCCAGAUGCUAUCUCAGCUUAAAGUCAGAGCGAUGUGGUUCUACGCACAUUGUGUUGCUCUAUAUACGAUUCGAGAUCUGUAUGAGCCCUUCGAUAUUCUGGCAGCAUUCGGAGGCAUAUGUAAACUGAUAGAGAAAACCAUUCGAGCGCCAUUUGCUUUUGGCUUACCUACGUCACAUUUCGAUCUCGCCCUUCUCUGGCAGCCGGUUGGAAGAUCAGUGCUUUUAGAAGAGGCAAAUAUCUCCAAUGAUCCAAAAUACAAGGAUAUGAAAUUCCCCAGUUGGUCAUGGUGUGGUUGGAAUAGCCAAGGAGCAAUUUAUAGUUCGGAGAUGAUUGGCGGGUGUCUAGCCGAUGUCCGCACUUGGAUCUUGAACCAUACUUGGAUCGACUGGCAUAUUCGCGAUGGGUACGGCACCCUCCGCCGAGUUUGGGACACCCGUCAUUCCAAAGGAGACCAAAGUGAAGACGUCCGAUGGAGAGGCUACGACACAGUCACACGAGACAAAAAGGCAAAUGAUAACAGAGGCGAGAAGGAAACAGAAACCUCCAGUAACAGUUCGAGUUCUUUAUCCGACUUGGAGUAUAGGCGUGGUGAGUGGAGAGAAUUAAGUGGAAGAUCUAUUCCCGAAUCAUCUCGAAGAUUAUCGCUUUCCCUGAAAAGUAAAUCAAAAGCCGUUCGAAAAUUACAAAGACGGCUAAGUGUCAGUUUUUCUUCGAAGACGGAUAAGUUUGGCCGGACAUACCUCGAGCUUUCAACUCUGCCCGUCGUCUCAAAAGCCUCAUCGCCAGAGUUCACGUUAACGCUACCUGAGGACCCAUACAACGUUCUCACAACAGAAACAACUCAGGCAUCCAUACCUUGCAACUCAAUCGAGGAGUUUCCAGACCAACCGUUCUUACAGUUCUUCACUUGGAGAGCGGAGUUCCACGCCAUACGCCCCGAAACCCAAAGCAACUUGGACUUCCAGCAGCGUCCAAAUGGCGUAGAAGACGCUCAAACUGAACCUGUACAGCAUCUCUGCCGCUGCGAGAUCAGUGAUCAGCGAGGAGAUAAGUGCGGGUCAGUAGUCGUCGACAGCGAGUGGCUCAGAAGCAAGGAAAGUAAACACGAGACCUUAUUUGAGUUCAUCGCUAUUUCUGAUGCAAAAGAUUUCACCCACGAAGAGUUUCCAGAUUGGACAUAUUAUAUUGCAAAGGAAAGAAUUGAGUCAGAAUGGGACCUGUACUUUGUUUUAUUAGUUGAAUAUUACCCAGAGGAAGGUAUUUAUCGCCGAGUUGCCUUGGGGAAGGUUUUCAAGGCUGCAUUUACGCAUUCGUUGGAAAAAGAGUGGAAAGAGAGUAUUUUGGGUUGA